CGUGAACAAUGCAGUCACCAGCAACUAGCGCCAAGGGUGGCAAAGGCGGCAAGGGAGGGAAAGGGGGAAAGGGCGGCAAGGGGGGUAAGCGCAGCGGCCGGCAAUCGGCAAGCAAGCAGCCCUCGAGUCAGGCGAAGCGGGAGCACCAGGCGCAGCAGCACCAGCAACAGCAGUUGGCGGAAACUCCGCAGAAAGCUCUGUAUGCGCACGCCGCGCAGCAUGUAGACCCCGCCCGGAUCACUUCCGCCGCAUCUCCGCUUCCAGCUUCUGCGACCCCCGCCGUAAAAAGCGAAAAUGGACCCGCGGCUCCUGCCGCUGGCGGAGGCGCAGCAUCGGGGGCAGCGCCGGUCGCGGAGCGGACGGGCGCGGGGGGAGCGGUGGCGGGGGAAGGGGGAGUCUUGGCGGGCCCGCUUGAGGUGGGCGCGCGGGUGAGCGCGCGGUGGCGGGACGGGAAGAUGCACCCCGCUAAGAUCAUCGAGCGGCGGAAAGCGGCGGGAAGCGCGGACGAAUACGAGUACUACGUGCACUAUACCGAGUUCAACCGGCGGUUGGACGAGUGGAUUCCGGUCAGCAGCAUCGACCAAUCGUCUGUCAACACGGCGUGUGAGGAGAAGGCGGAGGAGAAGCAUGGCAGCGGAGUGAAGAUGACACGUCAUCAGAAGAGGAAGAUAGAUGAGCUCCACAUCGAAGAGGGCCACGAGGAUUUCGACGCUGCGAGCCUAAGGGAGCACGAGGAGUUCACCAAGGUCAAGAACGUGUCCACUAUCGAGCUUGGCCGCUACGAGAUGGACACGUGGUACUUCUCGCCCUUCCCCCCCGAGUACGCGCACUGCUCCAAGCUCUACUUCUGCGAGUUCUGCCUCGCCUUCCUCAAGAGGCCGUCACAGCUCGAGAGACACAUGCGCAAGUGUGACUUGAAGCACCCGCCGGGAGAUGAGAUAUACCGCAAUGGCUCCCUCUCCAUGUUCGAGGUGGACGGCAAGCGUAACAAGGUGUACUGCCAGAACCUGUGCUACCUGGCGAAGCUCUUCCUGGACCACAAGACGCUCUACUACGACGUGGACCUCUUCCUCUUCUACAUCCUCUGCGAGUGCGACGAGCGCGGCUGCCACAUCGUGGGAUACUUCUCCAAGGAGAAGCAGUCAGAGGAGGGCUACAAUCUCGCCUGCAUUCUCACCCUCCCACCAUACCAGCGCAAGGGAUACGGCAAAUUCCUCAUCGCCUUCUCAUACGAACUUUCCAAGAAGGAGAACAAGGUGGGCACCCCCGAGCGCCCGCUGUCCGACUUGGGUCUGCUGAGCUACCGCGGGUACUGGAUCCGGGUCCUCCUCCAAAUAAUCAAGAAGCACCGCGGGAACCUGUCCAUCAAGGAGCUGAGCGACAUGACUGCCAUCAAGACGGAGGACGUGAUCUCGUCGCUGCAGUCGCUGCACCUCAUCCAGUACCGCAAGGGGCAGCACGUCAUCUGCGCCGACCCCAAGGUGCUGGACCGGCAUCUUAAAGCCGUGGGCAAGCCGGGGCUGGAGGUGGAUGUGUCGAAGCUCAUCUGGACUCCUUAUAGAGAGCAGGGGGGUUGAGGUACCAGGGUUUGGGAGGGGGCCUUGGAAGGGGGUUGAGGUGGGGGGGUUGGGGUGGGAGGUCGGUUGGGGUUUGGCGUGAUCUCGUCGCUGCAGUCGCUGCACCUUAUCCAGUACCGCAAGGGGCAGCACGUCAUCUGUGCGGACCCCAAGGUGCUGGAUAGGCUCCGCAAGGCGGUGGGGAAGCCAGGAUUGGAGGUGGAUGUGUCGAAGCUCAUCUGGACGCCGUAUAGAGAGCAGGGGGGGUGAGGAACCAGGAAAAGGGGUUGGGAGGUGGCGCCUGGAAGGGGGAUUGAGAUGGGAGCGUGAUCGCAGGUUGCUGUCAUCUCGUCGCUGCAGUCGCUGCACCUCAUUCAGUAGCGCAAGGGGCAGCAUGUGAUCUGCGCCGACCUCAAGGUGCUGGAUAGGCAUCUGAAGGCUGUGGGUGGGGAAGCCGGGGCUGGAGGUAGAUGUGUCUAAACUGAUCUGGAUACGGUAUAGGGAGCAGGGGGGGGGAGUUGCCUUUGGUGGAGGAGAGGGUGUGUGCGUGUUGGGGGGGGGGGGGGAGGUGGAAAGAGAAGCGGAGCAGGCAGUGAAGGGGGUGUGAAGGGGGAAGAGGAUUGGUUGGUUGGCCGGGUGUGCUGUGUCGGGCAGGACUCUGGAUUUUUGAGGCCGCUCAAAAAUCGUCUCAGCUCAUGGGAGGGAGGGGGGGGAGGUGGAAAGAGAAGCGGAGCAGGCAGUGAAGGGGGAAGAGGAUUGGUUGGUUGGCCGGGUGUGAUGUGUCGGGCAGGACUCUCUGUGGAUGUAAU